AUGAAAAUUAUCGCAUUUUUACUUUUGAUUAAACUAAGUAUACUAAUUAGUAACCAGAAUGAUUUAUUUGACCAGGAUUACUUAUCAGUUAAUAAGAUGAUGGUAUCAACGAAUGAGACUAGUAAUAUUUGUAACGGUGUUAAAGGAACGACGAAGUCAUAUGAAAAAUUUUGUUUGGAACAAUGUUUAAAACUAGUUGAAAUGUGUGAAAAGGAGGAAAACAUUUUGAAAUGUGUAGCGAAGGUUAAGGCAUUUGAUGUAAAUUACAAUUUAUUCUUUAAAAGGUGUAAAUUUGCUCAAAAUUUUCAAGAGUCAAUUGAACGGUUUGAAAAUGUGAUUCUGAACGGGUGUUUUAUUACCCGUUCAGUUUACAGAGACUCUUGGGUUAAUGAGGAGACCAACAGUUGCAAUUGUGCCGUUUUAAAUGCCGAGCCUUGUACUUUAGAGGACGUAAAUAGUGUUCCUGAAAAUGUAAUUGAGGAAAUUAAAGGCUCAGGAAUUUGCCCUAACAUUGACUAUGGAAAUUUGGUUAAGGAUAACAACAAGUCAAUUUACGGGGUUUCCAUAUCAAAUAAUAAACAACUCCACUGUCCAAUAAUUAACAAAUCCACUAAUAGUGAAAAUUUAGAACUAGAAAAUCGUCCCAUUGUAAGCGAUUUAAAUCAAGAGGAAUUAGUUAAUUAUUGUAAACGCGGACCAGUUUACUCCUCUUAUACUAAGAAUAAUACUCAAUAUGGAGAGUAUCAUUGUGCUUUUGUGAAGAGUUUGAGUGGUGAUUCCGAUAAUUCAUGUAUAGAAAUAUGUGAAGAGAUUGAAGAACAUUGUGACCAGUUUGACUCAAAUCUAAUCAAAUGCAUUAAAGACAGAUUAACUGUCCAAGAUGAACGUGAACAAUUUGAAAAAUACAAAUGCCAAAUUGGUGAAGAAAAGGGAUUGAAUGAGUUAUGUAAAGAGGUUUAUAAGGCAUCGGAUAACAAAGAUGAGUGUUUAUAUCUGUGUAACUUCUCCAAAGAUGUUUGCCAAACUUAUACAAACUCGACUAAAAACUUAUGCAAACAUUCAUUAUUCACCACAGAUGAUAAGAUAAACGAGUUUAAAUUUAAUGAAAUUAAGGAAAAGGUGGAUAAGUUUGGCGAAAUGUGUAAAUUUGAAAAAGGCAAUUACUUAGGCUUUGGUUAUGUUUUAUGUAAAUACAAGACUGAGAAUUGUAUUUUUGGUGAGUGGUCUGACUGGUCAAAUUGUAAUUACAAUUGUAUCGACUUUGACCAUAUUCCAACUCGUUACAGGACUCGGAAACUUCUUAAUCCUAUUCCAGACUGUAAUCGUAAUGGUUUGGGCACAAUUGAAUUUCAAAUUUGUACACAUUUACCCAAAUGCCCCCAAUCAGGGUGGAUCACAACAUCAAUACCCACUAAACCCCUAAUCACCAGUAUAACCAAAGACAAUCGUGUAAAUAAUGAUAAGGAUAAGAGUAAAAAUUAUCCUGAAUGGAUCUUUUAUGCUUUAGAACAAUAUCCUGAUCUUAUUUCAAACACUUCCAAAACUACUAAUAAUGGAAUACUCGAUAAAGGUUCUGCUGUCACUAGUAAACAGUUAACUAAAACCACUAGUAAUAAAAAGGGAGUGGAAUGGGAAAUAAGGAAGAGUAUAAGAGUAACAACGAUAAAGGAGACGAAAUGUGGAUGCCCAAAGAAAGUUGAGAGCAUAAAAUUCAAUGAAUUUAUAGAAAAUGAAAAGCUAAUUUCAGAAUUAUCACAACUUUGUAGGAAGAAUAUUUUUAAUCAGUUAGUUUUCGAAAGCAGCGGCAGGUACAUAUACUACUGUAACAUCGGAAUACUAAUAAAGGAAGUUGAAAAUAAGCAUAUAAAGUGUGAAGAAGAGGACAGCACAGAGUAUAUAAUAUGUAAAAAGGUAGUUAAAAGAGUAAAGAAAGAACAAAUUGCAAUCCCAGCAAUUAUUGGAAUUCUGGGUGUUUUAGGAUUAAUAAUUAUUGUUGACCAAAUUAAUAAUUAUUAUAAUAGGAAAUCAUUCCAUAGAAUUUCUAACAUAAUUCCUGGUCUAAGGUUCCCUGGUCUUAGGGCUUCACAAUUAAAGUAUUCAACACAUGAUCAUCAUCAUCAUGAGGAACCACCGCAUUAUGCUUACCGAGGUGACGGCCUCCCUGGUGUUAAAUGUGAACAGUUACAACAUAUGCUUCAUUUAAACCAGAAACUCACUGAGAAACUUGAAAAAUCCAAUAAAACAUAUGAAAAUUUAGGUUUUCAAACUUACACUGAUACAGUGCGGUCUGAAACCGCCGAUAAUUUGUUGGAUGUUCAAAGUGAGGAAGUAUACUACGAGUUGAAAAAUCUGUUUAACAAAGUUUUAUUAUCUAAUUGGCACGACACUGUUCAGUUGACCAUGAAUAUGGACAUUUGGGCUGGUAGUUUUGACCGUUUAUGGCGGCUUGCCAGGGACAUUCCUCACGUCAGGUUCCAACAGCUUCUGACAGAAACUAAGGAGUUAUUUGACGUGUUAUACCAAGUUGAGGAUUUGCAAGAUCACCUGUAUGAGCUGAUGGAGGAACUGGCACUACAUCCUCAGGAAAAUUCAGGGUCCUCAAUGGGAGCCACAACUAACUACAACCAGCACAUAAAUGAAGUGGUAAGGAGGUACCAUGAGCUGAAAAGGAACCAUCCUCAGUACACCCAAAAGCUUAAAGAAUCACUCGGAUACACACUGGCAGUUAUGAGACAAAGGUACACAUUCGACUGGCCUGAAGAACAUUCUUACUUUUAUUAA